AACGUUGGCUGCAUUGAAAUGUCAGAUUUAAUACGAAAACGGAUGUUUGUGAAAUGUAUACAGAGAGAUUUGAAUUGCUUUAAUUUCUCAUUGGAGUGAUUUCUCACAAAAUUCGUAUAAUUUAGACUGCAUUAAAGUAUCGAAAAUGUUGAUUUACGAUGUAUUGCACAAGGAAAAAGUGUAUCACAUCGUCGCCAACGAUCUUAGAAGCUUUGGGGUUAAAUAUCGCUUCAAGAAGAGUAUGCUUAAAAGCGACAGACCCGAGACAUGCAAGAACAUUUCUAAGAGAAUCUUCAAGACUCCUCUCUUUUAUCAAGCUUUGGAUAUUGUGAAUUUGUCGUCAGGUGCCAUAGUUCAUGUUCCUGUGUUUGUGAUUCACGCCUCAACCUUUUUAGAGAAGUAUAUUACUCAGGAAGGUCUCUUUAGAAAAGCUGGCUCUCAGGCGCGACAAAAGGAAUUAAUAUCUCGUCUAGAUAGUGGUGGCAGCUUGGGCGAGAAAAAUAAUGCAAUUGAUGUAGCCAGUUGCUUAAAAUCUUUCUUUCGUGACUUACCAGAACCAUUGAUUCCGUAUACGUAUCACGACUUAUUCAUACACUGUGCAUUGCUCAAGAACUGUCGAAUACAGGCACUGCUGUUGGCAUGUACAUUAUUACCACCGUAUCAUUUAAACACUUUAGCAUUUUUUAUGGAAUUUUUGAAAAAGGUUUCUAUGUACGAGAAACAAAACAAGAUGAGCAUCGAAAACUUAGCGAAAGUUGUUGGACCAAAUAUCAUGCCUUUACAAGAUACAUCUAUGUCAGCUGUACAGAAUAGAUUGCAAAUGCAUUUAACUAUUAUUAAGAUUCUGAUUGAAAAUUCAGAAAAUAUUGGCAUCUUACCACCACAUAUUGCUCAAUGUAUCUCCACAGAAACAAGCGGUAGUACAGAUAAUGGGCUAGAUUCAUUUGAGCUUCAUGGAAAAUCUAAAAAGAAGAAACAUCGUAGUGGAAGUCUUACACGUAUGUUCAAUGGUUUAAAAAAAAUAGUUGGAAAAGGUGCAGAUGAUGCAUUUAAUAUCAACAAUCCACAACCUUCUGUACAUUCAGUACAGAUGAAUGCACCUUCAAACAAAUUUACUAAAAAACGAAAAGUAGUUGAGAGAGAACCUCCUCCAAGUUUAAAGAAAAAGAGAAUAGCUGAAAAAUUGGAUAAGUCAAAAAAACUAAGACUGAGUUUGGAUAAAUUUGUUCCUAAAAAUAAGCAAAAAAACAUCGAUGAUGACUUAUCAGAUUCAUAUACGAGUAAUAACAAGCUGAAUGAUGAAAGACGUUGGAGUUCAGUAAGCAAUUCUUUUUGUACAUAUAAAAUACGUAACUAUAGCGAUGGAGUGUCUCAUUUGAGAUUAAUGAAACAUGAUGAACCGUCAAAUAAUGAUUUUCAGCAAGAGUAUAACGAUGUAUUUAACGAUGCUACUGUGGAUUUAUCGGAAGAUGGUGGUGAGCAGGACUUGCUUAUGGAUAAAAGUCACAGCAGAAAUGGUGAUCAAUGGCGUAUGAACGUAAGCACAAGUUCCAAGAAAUUGGAUGAAAGCGAUAAUAUGUGUUUGCUGACACCUGAGGAAAGGACUGAUUCGGAAGAGUUUGAUGUAUUUCAUCCUAAUGUUGACACAGUAUCUUCGUUAAGUGAUAACUGUGAAGAAGAUUAUGUCAAAAUCCCUAAAAGUGAAUAUGAAGAUAUAAAAAAUCGAGUUUCUGCAAUUGAAACACGUAUUUCUCAAGAAUUUAAAUGCAUAUACAAUGAUGAAAAUGAUAUAACUACGCACUCGGUAAAUAACGUACAAACAGCUUAUGAAAAAACAUUAGAAGAGGCUAGUAUUGAAAACACUUUGACAAGUGACUAUUUAGCAAAGAAACUGAGUAAAGAAUUAAAAAUCAGAAGAUCGGGAGAACAUAAAAUAAUAAGAUCUCCUAGCGCAAGGAAAAUUGGAUCGUUACGAAGACGUUCACAAGAAAAAGUCACAAGCAAACGUAUCAGACGAACUGCAUCAUGGCAUAUCUCUCCAGAAUUUAAUUUACAACACCAAAUUCAACUUGAAAAACAAGUAAACGUUUAUCCCAUCGAUAAACAAUCGACCUUUUCUAACAAAUAUUUAGAAGAACAAUCUUAUUCUGCAGAAAGAUGUAACAGAAUUAUUUCCAACAAUACGAAAGACAAAAUAUGUCUACAUAAUCAAAUGAACACAUUGAUUCCUGGUUCAGUUGAACAGAAAAUUUCAAAUAAUAGUACUCUGAAUCUUUCUGGAUUUAACGAUCUACAUUUAACCAAUAACCGAACAACUUCAUAUGUGCGUAGAGCUUCAUCUUUCCAUGGAAAAGACUUUGUAGACAAUUCAUCAUAUUUUGAUAAAAAGAUAGAUGACUUAAAAAAGACCAAUAGUCAUCAGAAUAUAACCUUAAAUAAUGAUUGUUUGCAAAAAGAUAAUACUGUUUCCGAAGGCUUGAAAGAAAUAUCUUGGAAAGAUGCAGAUAAGUAUUUUAAAUCCGAUUUUCGAAUAAAUACACCUGCUCCACAAACUGGUAGAGCAUCAGUUGCAAAACUUCGAGCGCAAAAUGCUGGUAUGGUUUUAGCCAAAGCCAAAUUAUUUGAUGACACAACUAAAACGUCAGAGUUUACCAAUGUUUCAAACAGGAAACUAUGCCAUGAUAAAGAGAAACGUUCUCCAAAUAUAAAUAAAGAAAUGGAUACAAAAGGUGAACAUUUUAAGCAAUCGUAUAAGAGACAUGUGUCUCGAAAACAAUCAAAUAAGGAUUUAAAAAAUAAGAAUUGUCACGUAGUGUUAUCUCCAAAUAUGACACAGCAGAUUAAAACACAGGUAACAAAUGUAUCAUUAAAACCGCUUCAAAGUCGAAUUGAUAAGAAUCGUCGUUCCACGCAAAAAUUCGAAUUACAAAAUCAGAAAUUCUUAAAUAAGGAUCCAAUAAUACAUCAAGUUUACGCUAAAGAUAAAGAGUUUAAUGCUAUAUGUAGCACGGAAAAUCAUCAAACAGAAAAUACUUCUGCAAAAACAUCGUCGUUAACAAAGAUUCCUAUCAAUAUAAUGCUGGAAAAUUCAAAUAUAUCUCCUUACAAAGUAGAGACCAGCAAAACACCACAUAUUAAGCGACCUUUAACAGUAAAAACGCCAAAAAGUUCUAAGUUAGUGCGCAGACCUCCAGUUGAUACACGUAGAACCCCAUUGAAAGCAACAGCGCAAUUAGGAACUCCAAAACGACAAAGCCCCAAAAGUAUUUUGAAAACAAAAACUCUCAGUAUGCAUACAUAACAGAUACACAAAUCAUAUUGAGCACAUGUUAUUUGCAUAUAUGUAUUUUUUAAAGAAAUUCUAACUUUUAUACAUAUAUUUUUACAACUAGUAUCUUUUGUGGUGUUCCUAAUAUAUUAAAUACUUAUAUUAGCGGGAUAUAUUUGUUAUGACUAUAAAAAAAAUUACUAAACAUAAGAAUAGAUUAUCACAGUAAUAAAAAAAGUGAUAGUUUAUGCAUAGAUGUUUAAAGUUCCAUUCAAACAAGUGCCUAUUAAAGUGUGAUUUAAAGACAUUUCUGUGGAUUAUAUCUCUAUAAUUUAGUAAAUUCAUUUUUUAAAGAGAUGGAUAAAAAUUGUUUAAGACUAGUCAUCGCAUAUAUCUGCUUUCAUUUACAUAUAGUCCUCGUUACAUUAAUUUACAUACAAGUUCAAAUCCAUUGCAAUAUUCAUAUUGUUGCUCAUUAACAUUUUAUAUAAAUCACUAUAACUGACAUUUGACUUGUGAAUGUAUGUAUCUAUUACCAUAAAAUUAAUUAAAUCU